UUUCUGGUGUUUGGUUUAAAAGAAAACAAAAAAGAAAACGAAAAUCAUUUUCACUGUAGAAAAACAGACAGCUAAUUUUUCGUUCCCCAUUUCUCUCCGCAGCCCUAGUGAAAACGAGGGAGAGCGACGGAAAAAAUCCCCCGACGCGAUCUCUCCUCGUCGCCAAACUCGAGUCCCCUCUCUCUCUCGGAAAAAAUCCCCCGACGCAAUCGCGGCGAUCCCGAUCUCUUCCCCCAAAUUAUCAUCCUCGGCUCCCGCCUCCCGCCUCCCGCUGUCGAGCCGACGCCGACGCAUCCUCGGCUCCCGCCUCCCGCCUCCCACUGUCGAGCCGACGCCGACGCCGAGAUAAGGUUGUCUUUGGUGAUAUCUUUGAUCUUUUCGGAACCGCUCCAGAUUCAACUGCAGGUUUCUCUUGGAUCUCUCUGUCAACAUGAAUACAAAUUCAUCCGAGACAAAAGAAGAUGAUGAAUGAGCUAUACAAAGGAAAAAGAUAAAAUAUUCAGCAGGGAUUGUGGCUGCAUAUGCAGCAUAUGCAAGUGCUAUUAUGGCAACUAAUAUCUACCAAGUGGAGUAUAUAGAUAGAUCAAUCUUAGCUCAAAAAGAUGAACAUAGGAACUUACUUAUGGAGCGACUUACUCAACAAAGUGAUAGAGAUUGUCGUGAACAACUACGCAUGGGAGUUAAUGCUUUUGCUAGACCGUGUCAGUUGCUUAGGGAGACGGGACGUCUUUAUGAUAAUAGACGCAGUUCUGUAGAGGAACAAGUUGCUAAGUUCCUUCAAAUUCUUUCUCAUAACUGGAAGAAUCGAGCAGUGAAGUUCUAUUUUAUGCGUUCGGGUGAGAGUGUUAGCCGCCACUUUCACAAAGUAUUAGAGGCAUUACUAUCGCUUGAGGAUCAAUUUAUUAAACAACCAGAUGGCUUCGAAGUUCCACUAGAAAUUCAAUCAAAUCAUAGAUUCUGGCCCUAUUUCAAGAAUUGUAUUGGCGCAAUUGAUGGAUCUCAUUUUCGAGUGAAAGUGACAAAAGAAGAUACAAGAAGGUAUCGAGGCCGAAAAGAAUUUCCAACUCAAAAUGUGCUCGCCGCUUGCACCUUUGACUUGAAAUUCACAUAUGUUCUAGCUGGUUGGGAAGGGUCCGCUUCAGAUUCGCGAGUGUUGAACAAUGCAUUAAUACGACAAGACAAAUUAUUUGUUCCUCAAGGGGAUGAAGGAUGCGAGAUUGAUGUUUUGAUGGGCUCACUAAAGUCAAAAACCAAGGAAUUCGGCAUAUUUUUCUCUCUAUUUGGUUAAGAUUCUCUAUAUAUGAAAUUGAUUGUAAUAGAUUUUGUUGGUUAAGGUUUUUUAUAUGAAAUUGAUUGUAAUAGACUUUGUGACUAGAAACAGAUAAUAUACUUUAUACUAGGAAUAUCAUGACAUUUACUUUA